UUUUUUUCCUGAGAGAGCCAUGGCAGGAAGCAACCCAGCCAGUGCAGAGUACCAGCGCACCUUUCGAGAGUUUUCCGACUCGCUCGACUUUCUCAAAGUCAACUCGAAAAUCCACAUUGACAUGCUCACUCAGCUGGCGGCAGAGUCGCAGUCUGCCGCGCCCGCCGUGGUUGCUGCCAUCGAAGCACGUCUCCGCCAGGUGCCAGCCGACCGGAAACUGCCAAUCCUCUACCUCAUCGACUCGAUCGUCAAAGCCAAGGUCAUUGGAACCACCUACGCCGGCCUGUUUGAGCGCAACCUAGCCGAAACAUUUGUGGAGACUUACACGGUUGUCGGUGGUGAAGACCGCCGGAGACUCGACCGUGUGCUCAAUCUCUGGGAGGGCUACUUCCCUGCGCCGCUCGUCCAGUUUCUGCGCGAUCGCAUUGUCGGGCUUGCGCAGACAGCAGAUCCGCGUCGCCAAGCAGCACCGCGACCUGACGCGUCUGCAAAUGUCAGGAUGGCCUCCUCACACGGUGGAGCCGCUCCUGGUCCGCAGCAGCAGACCUCUUCCGUGUGGCCAAACUAUGAAGCCCCUCCUCCGCAAGCGCACCAGAAUUUCUACGCAGGCGGCAUGGUUGCAGGUGGUGCACAACAGUGGUCGAAUGCUGGCCCUGCCUACGCUUCGCAGGCGCCACCCACUCGCCCGUUAUCGUAUGAUGCACAGAUUUUCGCCAGCUGGCCGCAGUUUGAGCGGGACGGAUUGCGCGCGAGCCUGCUGGCCGGAUUACGCGAUCCGAUGGCCGUGCACCAGCACGCUCAGCUGCGCCGCCAACUCGCCGAUUUGGACGAAGCUGAGGCGCACUUGCGGUCCCUGAUGCAACCGCAGUUCAACCAGCCCGUACAACAGUCCUACUACGCUCCCUUGCCACCAGACGCCCAAUCGCAACAACCGCCGCCAACUUUGUCGCAAUUGCAGACAGCUCCCCCGGAAGGCAAACUCGACGUGUCUAGCUUGCUUCAACAAUUUAUGCAGAGCGGGGCUCUCGGCGCCCUGACCGGCGGUGCACUUCAGUCCGCCACUCCGCUCUCUGCUCCUCAAGUCAUUCCUCCUCCCACCGGAAGCUCUGGUCAUGCCAGCAGCGGCGCCUCGAUGGCCCUGCCCCACGUUGCUCUGGACUCUGACGCAGUAAAAACCUUCCGCAACGACGUGGUUGAAAGCCUUUAUUCAUGGCGACCGCUGCUAUGCACACAAUGCGCGUUUCGCUUUCCCGCGGACCGGCGGACAGCCAUGGCCGAGCAUAUGGACUGGCACUUCCGCGCCAAUAAGCGAGAACGCGAGCGCGACAAGAACGUCCGAUCGCGCCGCUGGUACCUCCCGGUGGACGACUGGCUCCAAUACAAGGAGACGGAAGAAGACGACGAGCGGCAGCCUGCCUUCUUCACGGAUGGGACUGGCAGAGAUGGUGGUCAGACGUCAGGGGCGACGGGCGGUGCCAGCGCUGGCGAAUCCGUUGAUGCUGCGGUUGCCGUGCUGCCCGACGACGCAACAGAGUGCAGCAUUUGCGGGGAUAAACUGGAGCGUGUGUACAACCAGGACGACGAGGAAUGGCGCUUCGUUGGUGCUGUUCGCGUCGGUGCGCAGGUAUUCCACACUCGCUGCCAUGCCGAUGCUGUCACGGUAAGUGUUUUUUCUCUGUGUUCGAACAGGCUUUUUUUUUUCUUGUUUCGGUUUGUCAAAAGUAUCAGAAAAACUUGGAGAUGGCAUUGUACCAACACAAUUCAGGGAUGCUUUUUACUAUUGUCGCGCUUCUCGUGUAUUUCGCGGUGAUGCAGCGAUGUGGAGCGCGCACUGUUCCGUUGUUUUUUUGUGUGGAAGAAGUUUGGACGUUGCUCUUUUUUGUUUUCUUUCCUGCCUCGCCCGUUCAUGAGCGAACGUCGACGUCGCCCGUUCGAUCUUGGACAGCUUUCGCUCUUUGAACCAUGCUCCGACAUUGCGCAUCUGGUUGAUUGGCUGCAAAUGUCAAUGAAGCAAAAUCGAUCUGGACUGUUUUUGAGCUCAACCGUUUUGGUUUUGUUUUGUUUGUUUGGUGAAACUAUCGGUAUCUCCAAUUGGCUCGUGCGCUCUUUUAGAAUCAUGGUCUUCCAUCGACAAGCCCAGAUACUAGCUUUGACGCUCACCCACUUGAUCCACGUCAAAAACGCAAAGUGUCUGACCAAGAACCAGAAUCUGGCACUGAUAACGGCGAGGCGCAGCAUGUUGAGAAGAGGCUGCGUUUGGUUGCAGAGGUGGAACAAGCCAAUUGAGUGCGCGCUCAAAUACACUAGCA